AUAUAGCUGUAAAAUUAGAGUUCGGGCGAGGACCUCUUCCUAAAGAACCCUCUCGUUCUGCUAAUAUCUGACCCACUCGAGAUUUUAAUGUCAAUUCCGCCCCGUUCCCAACCGCCGCGAGACUUCAUGCUCCAUGAGGCCACUUGCAGUCGACCAGACCUUGCCACUCCCUGAAAACCCUUGCAAGAUAUACGAUCCAGGCUUCUUUUUAGACGGGCCGGCAACUGGGUCACUUCUGGGGUUCCCCGGACUUGCCAAGAUGAACAUGCAGCUUGAAGACUACGUAUCUUUGGAAGAAAGUGACCCGAAUCAGGAUGCGUUUGCCCUUUUAAGUCAAGGCACGAAUGGCAUCUCCGUUAAUGAGCUGAGUGUCCAGGACACUCAUGCCAACCCUCCACACAGUGAAUACAGUGCUUUCCCAUGAUAACUAUUUACUACAGCAUUUUAUUAUGCCGUUCUUUAGCUUAAACAAAG